UUUCCUUCUGUCAGCCGGCAAAAUGGCGGAAUUACACGUGUAUUUUAUAUCAGCCUUGGUGUUAUCGUUCUGCAUACAAAUUUUAGCAGGGCGGGAUUUUUACACCAUCUUGGGCGUCUCGAGAGACGCAAGCAAGAAUCAAAUAAAGCGGGCUUACCGAAAACUGGCGAUGAAGUGGCAUCCAGAUAAAAACAAGGAGGACCCAAAGGCACAAGAAAGAUUUCAGGAUCUGAGUAAUGCAUACGAGGUCUUAGCUGAUGAUGAGAAAAGGAAAGUAUAUGAUAGGCAUGGGGAGGAAGGGCUGAAAAACAUGCAGCAAGGAGGUGGUGAUGGUUUUGAUCCAUUUUCAAGUUUCUUUGGAGGGUUUGGUUUUCAUUUUGAAGGAUCACAACGGGGGAAUGAAAGAGAAGUUCCUCGCGGAAGUGAUAUUCACAUGGACCUUCAUGUCACACUGGAAGAACUUUACUCUGGCAACUUUGUAGAGGUUUUACGCAUCAAACCAGUCACACAGACAGUUCCUGGUACGAGAAAGUGCAACUGUCGGCAAGAGAUGAGAACAACACAGCUGGGUCCUGGAAGGUUUCAAAUGUCACCAGUGGACAUCUGUGAUGAGUGUCCUGCUGUAACUUAUGUUACUAAGGAAAAACUCUUAGAAGUUGAAGUGGAACCUGGGAUGAGAGAUGGACAAGAAUAUCCAUUUGUUGCAGAGGGUGAGCCUCACAUUGAUGGUGAUCCAGGUGAUUUGAAGUUUAUCAUAAGAGAACAAAGGCAUGAUAAAUUUCAAAGAAAAGGAGAUGAUCUUUACACAAAUGUGACUGUUGCCUUAAUUGAUGCAUUGAAUGGAUUUGAAAUGGAUAUAGACCAUCUCGAUGGACACAAGGUGCACAUUGUGCGGGAGAAAAUCACAUGGCCAGGAGCACGCAUAAAAAAGAAAGAAGAGGGCAUGCCUAACUAUGAAAACAACCAUUUGAAAGGAGAUCUUUAUAUAACGUUUGAUGUUGAAUUUCCAAGAGGUGGCAUGUCAGAAAGUGAAAAAGAAGCUUUAAAGAACAUCUUGAAGCAACAGUCUCUACAGAAAGUUUACAAUGGACUCUAAUGGCUUGUCUAUAAA